UCAUUUUAUUAAUUCAUUAAUUAAUAUUACAAUCCCCUCCCUCUCUCUCUUUCUCUCUCACAGAUACACCGAUACACACACUUUAAUUUUCUCUCUCUCUCUCUCUCUCUCACAGCUCCAUACAUCGAAGAAAGAAAAUGCCGGCGGCGGCGGCGGCGGCGCACAGCUUCUCCUCCUCCGUGAGGCUCAAGUACGUGAAACUAGGGUACCAGUACCUGGUGAACCACAUCCUCACCUUCAUCCUCGUCCCCGUCAUCCUCGCCGCCGCCCUCGAACUCCUCCGCCUCGGCCCACACGACCUCCUCGCCAUCUGGCGCUCCCUCCAGCUCGACCUCCUCCACAUCCUCUGCUCCGCCUUCCUCCUCCUCUCCAUCGCCACCGUCUACUUCAUGUCCAAGCCCCGCUCCAUCUACCUCCUCGACUACUCCUGCUACAAACCCCCCGUCACCUGCCGCGUCCCCUUCUCCACCUUCAUGGAACAUUCCAGACUCAUCCUCAAAGACAACCCUAAGUCCGUCGACUUCCAAAUGCGCAUCCUCGAACGCUCCGGCCUCGGCGAGGAGACCUGCCUCCCGCCGGCGAUUCAUUACAUCCCUCCGACGCCGACCAUGGAAGCCGCCAGGGGCGAGGCCCAGAUCGUCAUCUUCUCCGCCAUUGAUGCUCUCAUGGAGAAGACCGGAAUCCGGCCCAAGGACAUCGACAUUCUUAUCGUUAAUUGCAGCCUGUUUUCUCCGACGCCGUCGCUGUCGGCGAUGGUGGUGAACCAGUACAAGCUGCGGAGCAACAUCAAGAGCUACAAUCUCUCCGGCAUGGGCUGCAGCGCCGGCCUGAUCUCCAUUGAUUUAGCUCGCGAUUUGCUCCAAGUUCACCCCAAUUCCUACGCCCUCGUCGUCAGCACCGAAAUCAUCACCCCCAAUUACUACCAGGGAUCGGAGCGGGCAAUGCUCCUCCCCAAUUGCCUCUUCCGGAUGGGCGGCGCCGCCAUCCUCCUCUCCAACAAAAGCCGGGAGAGCCGCCGCGCCAAGUACAAGCUCGUCCACGUCGUCCGGACCCACAAAGGCGCCGACGACAAAGCCUACCGCUGCGUCUACGAGCAGGAGGACCCUCAGGGGAAGGUCGGAAUCAAUCUGUCGAAAGACCUGAUGGUGAUCGCCGGCGAGGCUCUGAAAUCGAACAUCACCACCAUCGGCCCGCUGGUCCUGCCGGCGUCGGAGCAGCUCCUCUUCCUCUUCACCCUAAUCGGCCGGAAAAUCUUCAACCCCAAAUGGAAACCCUACAUUCCCGAUUUCAAGCAAGCCUUCGAGCACUUCUGCAUCCACGCCGGCGGCCGCGCCGUCAUCGAUGAGCUCCAGAAAAACCUCCAGCUCUCGUCGGAGCACGUCGAAGCUUCCCGGAUGACUCUCCAUCGCUUCGGCAAUACGUCGUCGUCUUCCCUCUGGUACGAGCUGAGCUACAUCGAAUCUAAAGGGCGGAUGCGGCGGGGCGACCGCGUCUGGCAGAUCGCCUUCGGCAGCGGAUUCAAGUGCAACAGCGCCGUCUGGAAGUGCAACCGCACCAUUAAAACUCCGGUCGACGGCCCAUGGAAGGACUGCAUCGACAGGUAUCCCGUCCACAUUCCAGAAAUCGUCAAGCUCUGAUCAUCCGCCAUUAAAGAGGGCAACAACCAAGGUCGAUUAAUUCCAUACAUACAAUUAAAGAUUUACAAUAUACAUAUAUAUUAUUUAUAUAUAUAUAUAUAUAUCGUCAUAUAUAUCUAUAUCAUAUUGGAAAGUGAAUCAAUUACUGUAUGUGCUAUUCUCUCCAGAAAUUGUUGAUGAUCCAUGUUUAAUUUUCUCUCA